AUACGAAGGCAGGCGGACCAUUAUUCUGUGGUCAGCUAACAUCACCUUUCACCACGGCCGGUCCUGGUUGCUUUGCUUCCCUGCGUUUUUCGUUUUUUUUUUUUUUUUUGCUUAGCUGGGAUUAUGCUGCAUCUGUAAACUAACAGCAAACCAAGGACUUUAUGCCAGCACUUUUUGAAAAAUUGUAGCAAAAUUCACUCGCAAAAAAUUCCGGUACUUUGUUUUAUGGAUUUUUUAGGGCACAAGUGAGCUAAGGCUCUCUGGAAGAGUUUGCUUCUGGAAAACAAGAGGAUCUGUAUAUAAACAGGACUGACAAGGAGAAGCUUUUAUCUCAUUUAAACACCAGGGUUUACAGUCACCAUGACUGAAGCUGCAGCAGAAGAUGUGUUUCAGGUGCCAGCACCUGUUGUUGACCUAGACACUGAGAAAACCACAGAGAGCAAAGGCCUGCUGACUUUGAGAUCACCUUGGCCAUGGCUGGCCAUCCUCACACUUAUCUUCCUUGGGUCAACGGCCGCCAUCAUGUUCGACCUGGUCAGCUACAGAAGACUUACAGGAGAAAUGAGUGAAAUGUAUUUUGACCCCAUGGAACUCGUCAGUGAAGCAAUGGAUGAAUUCUCAAACAUUACAAAAGAAUCCUUAAUCUCUCUGUACAGUAUCCUACUAGAAGAAGAAGAUUUAGGUCCUAAACUACAUUCGGUGAGGAGGAAAGGCGAGUUUCUUCCGCCAAAGAAGGAAGAACCAAUAGAUAUAUGGUUCAGAAAACCUGCCCAGGACCAGGAAGACAGAAAAGAAAAAAGGCCUACAAAACCUGAGAAGUCAGAAGAAGAGGAAGUUCAGAAGGUCAUAGAAAAAGUGAAACCAACUGUAGAAUUUAUAGUGGAGAAACCACCACAGGCUGAACUCAAGGAACUGGAGAAACAAAUUACAGCAGAAGAAAAGAAGAUGCCUCCAAAGAAACAGGAGAAGGAGAUGGUAGUCCCUCAUAAGGAAAAAACAGAGAAGGCAAAGAAACCAGAGAAAGACAAAGUCAUCCUAUUUCAGGAAAAAAAGAAGGAAAAGGUGGUUCCAUCUGAAGAGAAACCAGAGAAAGCAAAAGAAUUAAAGAAAGACAAGGUGGCGCGAUUUAAGGAAAAACCUGAGAGGAUAAAGAAACCAGAGAAGGACAAGAUGGUCCCACCUGAGGAAAAACUAGAGAAGGAAAAGGAGCAAAAGGAGAAGAUGGUCCCACCUCAGGAAAAGCCAGAGAGGGAAAAGAAGCAAAAGGAAAAGAUAGCCCCACCUGAGGAAAAACCAAAAAAGGUAAAGAAACCAGACAAGGAGAAAGUGGUCCCAUCUGAGAAAAAAUCAGAGAAGGCAAAAAAACUAGCAACAGAAACAAUGGUCCCACCUGAAGAAAAACCAGAGAAGGUCAAAAAGCCAGAGAAAGAGAAGGUGGUCCCACCUGAUGAAAGACUAGAGAAGGCAAAGAAGCCAGAGAAGAAGAAGGCGGACCUACCUGAGGAAAAACCAGAGAAGGAAAUGGUGCAAAAGGAGAAGGUGGUCCCACCUAAGGAAAAAUCAGAGAAGAUAAAGAAACCAGAGAAAAAGCAAAUGGUUCCAUCUGAGGAAAAACCAAAGAAGGCAAAACAACCAGCAGAAGCAACAAGGGUCCCACCUGAAGAAAAACCAGUGAGGACAAAGAAGGCAGAAAGGAAGGUGGUAUCACCUGAGGAAAAACCAGAGAAGGAAACAGAGCAAAAAGAGAAGGUGCUCCCACCUGAGGAAGAAACAGAGAAGGUAAAGAAACCAGAGAAGGAAAAGAUGGUUCUAUCUGAGGAAAAACCAGAGAAAGCCAAAAAGCCAGUAAAGGAAGAAGUGAUCCAACCUGAAGAACAACCAGUGAGGGCAAAGAUGCCAGAGAAGGAGAAAGUGGUCCCACCUGAGAAAAAAUCAGAAAAGGAAAAAAAAACUGAGAAGAAGAAGGUGGUAUCAUCUGAGGAAAAACCAGUGAAGGAAAAGAAGCCAGAGGAGAAAGUGUCCCACGUGAAAAAAAAACCACUGAAGGAAAAAAAACCAGAGAAGGUAGUUCGACCUGAGGGAAAACUAGAAAAGCCAAAGAAACCAGAAGAGAAAGUUUUCCAACCUGAAGAAAAACCAGAGAUGCUAAAGAAACCAGAAGAGAAAGUGGUCCAACCUGAGGAAAAACGGACCAAAAAGCCAGAUAAGGUAGUCCAACCUGAGGAAAAACUAAAGAAAGCAAAGAAACCAGAGGAGGAAGUGGUUCCACCUGAAGAAAAACUAGAGAAACCAAAGAGACCAAUGAAGGAGAAGGUAGUCCCACCUGCAGAAAAACUGGAAAGGGCAGAGAAAUCAAAAGAGAAGGUUGCCCUACCUGAGGAAUACCAAGUGAAGGCAAAGAAGCCAGAGAAGGAGAAACGAGUUUCGGCUGAAGAGAAAUCUGAGAAAGCAAAAAAGCCAGACGAGGAGAAAUUGGUCCCACCUGAGAAAAAACCUGCAAAGCCAGAGAAGGUGGUCGCACUUGGCGAUAAGCCAGAGAAGGCAAAGAAGCCAGAGAAGGUGGUUCGACCUGAGGAAAAACCAGAGAAGGCAAAGAAGCCAGAGGAGAAAUUGCUCCCACGUGAAGAAAAACCAGUGAAAGCAAAGCAGCCAGAGAAGGUGGUUCAAUCUAAAGAAAAACCAGAAAAGGCAAAGAAACCAAAGGAGAAAGUGAUCCUACCUGAAGGAAAACCAGUGAAGGCAAAGAAGCCAGAGAAGGUGGUUCGACCUGAGGAAAAACUAACGAAAGCAAAGAAAUCAGAAGAGAAAGUGGUCCCACCUGAAGAAAAAACGGUGAAGGAAAAGAGGUCAGAGGAGAAGCUGGUCCAACCUGAGGAAAAACCACAGAAGGCAAAGAAACCAGAAGUGAAAAUGGUCCCACCUAAGGAAAAAACAGGGAAGGAAAAGAAGCCAGAGAAGGUGAUUCAACCUAAAGAAAAACCAGUGACAAUAAAGAAACUGGAGAAGGAAAAAGUGGUUCCAUCAGUAGAAAAACCAGAGAAGGCAAAGAAACCAGAAGAGAAAGUGGUCCCACCUGAAGAAAAACCAGUAAAGGAAAAGAAGCCAGAGGAGAAAGUGGUCCCACCUGAAGAAGAACCAGUGAAGGCAAAGAAGCCAGAGAAAAUGGUUCAACCUGAGGAAAAACCAGAGAAGGCAAAAAAGCCAGAGAAAAAAGUGGUCGCACCUGAAGAAAAACCAGUGAAGAUAACAAAACUGGAGAAGGAAAAGGUGGUUCCAUCAGUAGAAAAACCAAAGAUAGCAAAGAAACCAGAAGAGAAAGUGGUCCCACCUGAAGAAAAACCAGUAAAGGAAAAGAAGCCAGAGGAGAAAGUGGUCCCACCUGAAGAAGAACCAGUGAAGGCAAAGAAGCCAGAGAAAAUGGUUCAACCUGAGGAAAAACCAGAGAAGAUAACAAAACUGGAGAAGGAAAAGGUGGUUCCAUCAGUAGAAAAACCAGAGAUAGCAAAGAAACCAGAAGAGAAAGUGGUCCCACCUGAAGAAAAACCAGUAAAGGAAAAGAAGCCAGAGGAGAAAGUGGUACCACCUGAAGAAGAACCAUUGAAGGCAAAGGAGCCAGAGAAGGUCGUUCGACCUGAGGAAAAACCAGAGAAGGCAAAAAAGCCAGAGAAGAAAGUGGUCCCAUCUGAAGAAAAACCAGUGAAGAUAACAAAACUGGAGAAGGAAAAGGUGGUUCCAUCAGUAGUAAAACCAGAGAUAGCAAAGAAACCAGAAGAGAAAGUGGUCCCACCUGAAGAAAAAAUCGUGAGGGAAAAGAAGCCAGAGAAGAUGGUCCAACCUGAGGAAAAACCAGAGAAGGCAAAGAAGCCAGAGAAGAAAGUGGUCCCAUCUGAAGAAAAACCAGUGAAAAUAACAAAACUGGAGAAGGAAAAGGUGGUUCCAUCAGUAGAAAAACCAGAGAUGGCAGAGAAACCAGAAGAGAAAGUGGUCCCACCUGAAAAAAAAAUCGUGAAGGAAAAGAAGCCAGAGAAGAUGGUCCAACCUGAGGAAAAACCAGAGAAGGCAAAGAAGCCAGAAGAGAAAGUGGUCCCACCUGAAGAAAAACCAGUAAAGGAAAAGAAACCAGAAAAGGUGAUUCUACCUGAGGAAAAACCAGAGAAGGCAAAGAAACUGGAGGAUAAAGUGGUCCCACCUGAACAAAAACCAGUAAAGAUAACAAAACUGGAGAAGGAAAAGGUUGUUCCAUCAGUAGAGAAACCAGAGAUAACAAAGAAACCGGAGGAGAAAGUGGUCCCACCUGAACAAAAACCAGUGAAGGCAAAGAUGGCGGAGAAGGUGGUUCAAGCUGAAGAAAAACCAGAAAAGAUAAAGAAACUGGAGAAGGAAAAGGAGGUCCCAUAUGAAAAGAAAAUAACCAAACCUUCUGUCGAAGCCGAAGUGGAGAAGCCAACAGAAACUAAACCCAAAGACCAGGCACAAAAAGAUGAAAAACCAGAAAAGGAAACGGCUGCAAAACCUGAGAUGAAAAUGACAAAAGGAAAAAAAGAGACGGCUGUGGAGAAAGCCAAAUAUACUGCUGAACCUGAAGUGGACAAACUAAGAAAGAUUGAAACUAAAGAGAAGCAGACAGCAAAAGCUGUGAAAGAACCACAAAAGGAGACAGUUAUUGAAACUGAGAAGAAAGUGGAAAAAUCCAAGAAGGAAGAUGUGGUUCUUGAAAAACCCAAAGUGGAAAAGGUGAAAGAGACUGAAACCAAAGAGAAGCUGACAGUCAAAGAGCCAGAAAAGGAUACAGCAAAAGUCAAGAAAGAAAAAAUGUUGACGGAAACCAUAGAAAAAGCCAAACCACCUAUUAAACUGAAGGUGGAAAAGUUGACAGAGACAGAACCAAAAGUAACAACAAAGCCGGAUAAGGUAUUGGACAAGCCAAAAAUCAGAGAGGAGAAGCAAAAAGAUCAGAAGGCUGUAAAACCUGAGAAGGAAGCAGAGAAAACAAAGAAAGAAGAGGAACCCAAAGUAGAAAAGGCAGCACCAACUGAACCCAAAGCGAAACAGGCAAGAAUGGCUGAGAAGAGAAUAGAAGAAGAAGACAAACCCUUUGAAAAGGCCAGACCCACUGCUGAGCUCACGGUGGAAAAGCUCCCUGAAUCCAGAGAGAAAGAGCGAGCAGGAAAGGAAAAACCUGCAAAACCAGAGAAGAAGGCAGAGAAACCCAAGAGGGAAGACAUGGCUGCAGAGAAGGCAAAACGUCCUGAACCCAGCGCUGCAAAGCCAGAAGAGACUGAAACCAAAGAGAAACCUCCAGAAAAAGCUAAACACGUAGAAAAGGAGAAAUCCGCAAAACCGGAGAAGAAAGCAGAGAAACCCAAAAAAGAAGUGACAACUGAGAAAGUGAAGCCCAGUGCUGAAAAAGUAGAGAAGCUUCCUGAGACUGAAUCUAAAGCAAAAACUCAGAAAGAGCAUGAAAAGGAGAAGGUUUCGAAAGCGAAGAGAGCAGGGGAAGGAAAGAAAGAGGAGAAACUGAAAGAGGCUGAACCCAAAGAAACAGCAAUUCAUAAAAGAGAGGAAGAGCCACCUAAGCUAAAAGCUCCAGGGCCCACUAGAAAGCUCUACAAGAGAAGAGGGCCUGGGUGUGACCCUAUGCCAGUGUACUGCCCUGCGCCCCCUCGUUGGUAUGGUCAUGCAGUUGUCACAAACAAAUCAGAACAGUCUUCAAAGAAGGAAUCUAAUGCCACUGUUGCAGGAAAACAACCAAUUUCUCCCAAACAUGAAGUUGAAAUUCCUAAAAAGAAGGCAGUGGAAAGAUCACCAGAGAAAGGUAAAAGUAAAAAUAUAAUAAAAGGAAAGUCUGUAAUUUUAAAGGUAAAGAAAUGAAAAUACUGUAAAAUGUCAAGUUCAUAGUUUGCUCUUUCACAAACUGUCUUUCUAGAUAGUCAACAGUAUUAUUCUGUACUGAAGCCAUGGAAAAUUAAGUAAGAAUGAAAGACUUAAGUGAUGAAGUGUGAAUUUCCCAAAGAGAAGAUCUAGUUUCUGAAAGGGUCCAGGUUUCUUCUGUUGUUUUUCAUUUGUUUUGUCAUAAUUUUACUUGAACUGACAGCGUCAACAGAAAAUUUGAUUCUUUUUCAUUUCAGAACAUGACAUUACGGAACAGAAAUAAGUACAAAAAGUCACAGUAGCGAAAAAUACAAAAGGCACCAUAUAGGCACAAUUUCAUAAUUUUUUCUUUCCGAUUUUUUAAAUAAGAAUGUGUGUGUUUGCCUGGCACAGACGUACUCUCUGUUUUUUUUAUUCAGAGAAAAAAGAAAAACUGGCCCCGCGUUCAGUUAUUCCGAGAAAAGAGAAAAAAGUUCUGAAAGAAAAAACCAAGGCAGUCCAUAUCAAGAGAGAUAAGCCCGCUGAGAAGAAACUCGCCAAAGAGGUGAAACCAAAAGAAGUGUUGGAGACUUCAAUGGCCGACAUGUUGGAAAGCGCGGAUGUCCACUUUUUCCAAUGCAUCUUUGUGGAUGAGACCAAUGGCCAGUACCCACUGUUCCCCUUCAUGCCCCUACAUUUCAGACUUCCUUUUUGGGACGAGAGAGUUCUUGCCCCAGGGCACUGAGGUAAUGGCGCUUUGUGAAAAGCUGCUUUCGAACCAAAGCCCUGGUCUUAGCAUCUGGAUCCUUGACUAUGGUCAAACCAGACCGUCUGAAAUGGUCUUUGACAUGGACCGAGGACCGAGCCUAUUUCUUACUGUUACUGUUCAGGCAGUGGUUGCAAUUGGGAAAAACUCGUACUUUCAAGUGAGCAAACCCAGUUUUCUGUUUGGGUGUCAUGUACACUGAUGGAGAUUUUGGUGAAAAUAAUUCCCACAAUUCUGGGUGCUGAACCAAUAAAGUGGAGAUAUUCCACACUAAGUAUAAGUUUACAUUUCUAGCAGCAUAAGUUUGGAAAUGUCUAAUGAGCAACACGGAUUUUACCAAUACUGAGAGUGUACUUGGGAAGUACAUUUUAAUGGACACAAGAAAUACCUUUAUGUCACUUCACAAAAAUGGUCCCUCAACGCUGUGACUAAUCAGUACGGAGGACCUGAUAUUGAAUGCAGUGGCUAAGAAAGGUGUCAUGACAAAGCUGAAUUAUAUUUGUGGUGUCUCACACACACAACACAAUGGUUUGCCUUCCCUUCAAUGGACAUAAUUAUUUUACACCUUGAUUCAGCAUUGUCUCUAUCUUCAAGGUGUUAAAAUUGGUAUUUUCCAAAAUGCACCCUUAAGAAAGGAAUAGUAGAGGAGAGGCAAGAUUUUAGCCAACUUUCUUAAGAUCUUGUUUUCUCUUUCAUAUUAUAUAUUCUGUAGAUCAUGCAGUUAUUGUUGUUGCUUUCAUAAAUGAGGGGAGCAAACGAGCAUCACUCUUAUGACCAACAAAGGUUAGUAUGAAAUCGUAAAAGUUUUUUUAUUUUUUUAUUUUCUUUUAAACCAGGCUAUGUCUUACUUGUACUAUCAGUGGAAUUCUAUAUUUUCCUUAUGACUACUACAUAUUCAAAAUAUUUUUUGUUUCUAAAUGAAGAUUUUGUAGGAUGUGACACCAUUUUUAAGCCUGAACAAUUUGUUGCUGAACUCAGUAUCUGAACAUUGAUGGGGUUGACAGUAUUGUAACGGGGACAAAUGUCAUUCCUCAGUUUCUGCACCUGAAAGACAGGGAACAUUUAGUGUGCAAUACAUUUUUCCUGUAUAUAGCCAGAUAAAGUUCAGCAUUAAACAUUUUUAAGAAACAUAAAAACAUGAGCAAAUCUAAGAACUUUUUGUACUAAUUAUUAUUAUUAUUAUUAUUAUUAUUGCCAAACUUGCUUUCAGCUAAGUCUGAGGUUGUUUGGAUAUUUACGGAUGACUAUUCGUGACUUAAUAAUACCUAUGAUGCACUUUGAGGCACUUUUCUGUAUUUUAGUGACUAUUAUUUUCAGUGAACAAUAGUUAAGUCUAGUUACAAAUGCCAGGAUGAAAGCAGGGAACAUAUGAAUAACGUUAUGUUUAUUUGUGCUUUGCUGAAAUCCAGGCCCAUUUAAAGAUGCUUAUUAACUUCUAUGGCAUCCAAAAAGUACUGUGCCCUAUGUCAGUUUGAACUUUGACGAGGGAAAUGUAACAAUCUGAAUGGAUUUCUGUCUUGAAUAAGAACUGGACAGAAUUUGACUGAUAUAUUUUUCUCAUUAUGCCUAUGUUAGACUAAUUGUAUUCUUCCAGAAUAAAUAAAAAAUGGUAUCCUUUAAAAAACCUAGUGACUAGAAUAUAUACAGUAUAUACAUAUAAUAAAGUGUCUUACAGAGUAGUCUCUUUUAUGAGCAAGUUGUCUAAAUUGGUUUGAUAUAUGCAUUUACAUUUGGGGAGCAGCAGGUGGCAUAGUGAUUUGAGCUGCUGCCUUACGCUCAGAGG